UAAGAGGAUCAAAUUUUAUUAUUCAUAAUCAGGGUUCUCUCUAAGACUCGGGAGGCGGGGAAUUCCCCCGCCUAUAAUGCCUUGAUUACCCGGCUAUUAUUGCAAUUCAACACAAUGUAGCUAUAAGCAAAACCCCCAGACCCCCCUUCUACUUUUUUGUUUCUUCCUUCUACUUCAAUUUUUAGAGACAACCUUGUUCAUAAAAGUUUGAUAAACACAUGUGCACGUGGACUUCUUCAUUGCUUUAGUUUAUCUUAUUUGACAAUGACUUGACAAUUCUCUUUACCUGGAGAGAUAACUUAGAUAAUGCUUAUAUCAGUGACUGAAUCAAGGUACAUAGUGUGAAAUCCACUCUAGAAGAAUCCAAUCUGUGCAUGUGAUUAGCUCUCCUAUCAUAAAACAAUGGCACUAUCCAAAUCCCAAAUGCCCGAUACAGCCCAGCACUAUUUGGUGUGUGGCACUGAGGACUGUGAGAAGAACUGUCAGUUUUACUGCAAUCCUUGUCACUUACAUUUGUAUGAACAAUGCAGAGAUGAACACCAGAAGAGUUCGGAAACCAAGAACCAUGAAGUGGUUUCUUACAGACAACGCCAGCAUCAACUUCCUGUGGAGCAAUGCAAGGAUCACACGACUAGGAAUAUAGACAUGCUAUGUGAGGACUGUCAAAUUCCAGUAUGUUCUAAAUGUGUAAUACAAGACCAUCAAAAACACACACUCAAUGAUUUAGAGACAAUUUAUUCAAAAGGAUUCACUCUUUGCCUUGAUGAGAUCUAUAAAAUCCAUCAAUAUUUUAUCCCAACUUCACAAGAUAUGCAAAAAGUAAUAAUGAAAGAUACCAAACAAAUAAAAGCAACCAUGGACAAAAUACGAACAUCCAUGAUGGCUGAAGCUGAAUCCCUCAAAUGUCUGGUGGACACAGUGUUAUCAGAUAAAAUAGAGCAAGUCAAUAAAAUGGAGGUGUCACUAAUAGAAGAGCUUCAGAGUCAAGAAAAAACUUAUCAAGAUUACAUCUCCUCUCUCAAUGACCUUGUAAAAGAGUUUCAAGGCUACCUGUCCUCUACUAAAUUGCAAAACAAUGCACUCAUUUUUGCUUUGUCUGAUCGAUUAAAAAUCCAACCCAUACCAAAGACCACAAAACCAGUCCCUCCAGUAUUUACUGCAGGUCAAUACAGCAAGGAGGAUGUCACCAAACUACUGGGUAGAGUAACUGUUCCCGACACAAAACCAGAGAACAGAAAGAUAAAGCCUAUGGAGACUUCCACUACACAACUGUCUCUGUCUUCCACUGUCAUCAAGUUCAGGGAAUACACAGUGCCAGGUGUUGACAGGGUACUUCAUAUUUCACUAGAUAAAUCGGGUACAGUCUGGGGCAGUGAUGAUAAUGGUAACCUUGUCCAAACAGAUCUACAGGGGAAUCAGCUACAGAAGAUACAAACCAGUGGUGGAUUUGGCUACCACACAGUCACACAGGGUAGGGAUCUGAUGAAUGCAGACAUAAAGAACAAAGUCAUAAAUAGGAUAAAACAGGAUAAUACAAUCAAUGAAUUCAUUAAAACGGGAGACUGGAAACCACUCAGCAUAUACUCCUCCCGCAUUAACGGUAACAUACUGGUGGGGAAGAUAGAGGAUGAAGAGGCUAAAGUCACCAGGUACAACAGGACAGGGGAAGAAAUACAGAACAUACAAAGGAACAACAAAGGACAGGGGCUGUAUAAGUAUCCACACUACAUCACAGAAAACAUCAAUGGUGAUGUUUGUACAUCAGACCUUUACAAACAAGCUGUAGUGGUGGUGAAUAAAUCAGGACAACACAGGUUCUCUUACAGAGGUCAGAGGUUAGGGUUUUCUCCCUGUGGUAUCUGUUCUGAUCUCCUCGGUCACAUCAUAGUUAGUAACUGUCAAUUUCUAAGUGAAUCAAUUCAUCUCCUUGAUCAGGACGGCCAAUUCUUGUCUCUACUGCUAACAUCACAACAAGGGGUAAACUGUCCACGUGGUAUGUGUGUUGAUGACAAGAACAAUCUCCAUGUGGGACAAAUGUUUACCAAUACAGUGACAGUGUACAAGUAUCUGCAGUGAUUAUUAAUUACAUAUUUUGACUAUUUUGCAGUGGUUAUUAUUUAAGUUUCACAUUAUUGUAUUUUUAAAGUAUGAAUACUUAUUUGUGUCUUCCAUUUUCAUCUUAAUACAUGUAAUUAUAAUUUAGGAAAAUCCAAUUCAAAAUUGUGAGGUAAUAUUUUUAAAAAAUGUUCACGUAUUCAUUAAUUUUGGGAGGGAAAAUGUCCCAUUAAUCAGCUUUUCAAGUUGUCAAAGAUGCAUAAUCACAACGGUAAGAAACAGUAUUAUACAUAAUCCUCUAUUGCUGCUUUUUAAUGUUGAAGUAAUUUGUGUUGUAAAUAAAGGGAGCAAAAUAUAUGUACUAG